AUGCCACACGCUUACACUGUAAACGAUAACAGUCAGAGUUGUUUUAUAGUUGAGAAGAUGAUGUCAGCACUGAUUGGAGCUGUAGGGGUGGGGGUUGCAGCUGUAGCUCAGCUCAUCAUUACUAUACUCAUACUUGGGGGCAAGGCAGACAAAACAUGGGCUGGGAUAUUCUACACACUGCUGUUCGUAAUAGCCACCACCCUGCUGGUUUUCAGACUUGGUCAGAUAUGUUGCGGUGGGGUGGCUUCCUUCUACACUGAGAAUUCCAAAAUAAUUCGAAUCAGUACAAUCAGUCUGGGUCUCGUCGCAUGUAUAGGAACGUUAGUGCUCCUCUCACUGCACAUAAAGGACCUCAUCAACACAACUGGUCACGUGAAUGACUUCUACGAGAGCCUCAGUGGCAUGUCACCCUCCCAGAACAGGACCAAUAUACUCAACGACACCUUCGUUGUGGACAUAGACUAUGAGGUUAAGAUAAACUACAAGAUCUACCUCGACCUGCCGUACGGGGUGAUUAUCCUGUAUACUGAUAUGUACUGGGCUAUGAUAGUGCUGGGGGCUAUUGCACUGCCUGGGCAUGUGGUCAAUACGGCCAUAGCUUGCUUCUGCAACGGGGAUAACAAGUAG